AUGAACACUUUGCCCCUCUAUCCUACAACCAACACCGACGCUACCAAGGAUCAGCUGCGCAAGUUCCGGCUAGGCACGUCCAGGGCGAAGACGCCCUUGGCUAAAAUUUAUCAGAUCGACACCAAGACCCAAGAAAUCAAACCCUCCUCCGACGACACAUACAGCGACCUGCUCGAACUGGCCGACGAACUCCCAGACUCGUCUCCGCGGUUCGUCCUCUUGAGCUAUCCGUUGACUUUGGCUUCCGGACGCCAAUCCGUUCCCUACGUCCUGCUGUACUACCUGCCCGUGAACUGCAACCCCAACAUGCGGAUGAGCUACGCCGGGGCGGUCGAGUUGAUGCGCUCGACCGCCGAGGUGAAUCGCGUGCUGGAGAUUGCCGACGCCGAGGACUUGCAGGAUAUCGAGGGCCGGUUGAAGGGCGAGGACUGA